AUGUCUCAACCCUCUGAAACAUACGAAUAUUUAUUAAAAUUUUUAAUAAUUGGUUGUGCAUCAACAGGAAAAACAUGUAUUUUACAUCAAUUUAUUGAAAAUAAAUUUAAAACAAAUAUAACACAUACAAUUGGAGCAGAAUUUGGUUCGAAAUUAAUUAAUGUUAAUCAAAAAAAUGUUAAAUUACAAAUAUGGGAUACUGCUGGACAAGAAAGAUUUCGAUCAGUUACACGUAGUUAUUAUCGUGGUGCAUCUGGUGCUUUAUUAGUUUAUGAUAUAACAAAUCGAGAAAGUUAUAAUGCUGUUGCUAAUUGGUUAUCUGAUGCUCGUCAAUUAGCAAGUUCAAAUAUAGUUAUUAUUUUAUGUGGAAAUAAAAAAGAUUUAGAAGAUCAACGACAAGUUACUUUUAUUGAAGCUAAUCAAUUUGCACAAGAUAAUGAUUUAAUUUUUUUUGAAACAUCUGCAAUGACAGGUGAAAAUGUUCAUCAAUCUUUUAUUCAAUGUGCACAAAUAAUAUUAAGCAAAAUUGAUUCAGGUAAUAUUGAUCCAUAUAAGAUAAAUUCAGGCAUUCAAUGUUUUCGAUCAAUUGCUAAUAAUAGAUCUCAAAAUUCUCUUUAUAAUCAUCAAUUGAGAGAUAAAUCAAUAAAAAGCUGUGCUUUAUGUCAAACAUAA